UGAUUCAAGGAUGACUAAACUGUGGGCGACUCUUGACCAAAAUUGACUGUCAAUGGAGGACUGAACUAUAAAAGGUGUGGCAACCCUGAGAAGUAAUAACAUUUAAACAGAGGGAGAUCAAUUUCCAUUUUAUAGGUGGAAGAUAUGAGGAUUGAGAUGAGAGUCUUUCUGAUUGUGAUCAUGGCCUUGAGUCUUACCUCAGUUGUGCAUGCUAUUCAGGGGAAGGCUGUUUUCUAUCUACCUCCUUACUUUCCCUCAGCAUGCUAUAACCAAGACAAUGGGAAAAUGGUAGCGGGAGUAAGUGAUGCAUUGUGGAAUAACAGAGGAGCAUGUGGAAAGAAGUACAGUGUUAGAUGCAUAGGAGGAGCUAAUAAAGCUCCUCAUCCUUGCAAGAAUGGUAAGAGCGUGGUGGUUAAAGUUGUUGACUACUGUAAACCAGGGUGCCAGGGAAUCAUUAAUCUUUCUCAAGAUGCGUUCGCCACCAUUGCUGAUACUAACGCCGGUAUAGUCCAAGUAGAAUUUCAUGAGGUUUGAGUUUGACGCUUCUAAUCAAAAGGGCUUCUCAAGGGCAGACGAUGGUAAUAGAAUAAAUGUGAAAGGGGAUAUCCUCUUGUGAUUUUCUCUGUUUCCUUCCAGCAAAUGAAUAAUAACUUUCUACCUGGUAGUAUACAGCAAA